AUUGGCUAAGGCACAGAACAUGGAGGCGGGACAAGCAGUUACACUCAGCUCGUUGAACCAGGAAAGCAAUUAGCGCUUCGUUGCUAAAGGGAAAAAAAGGGGGUUAGGCUUCGCUUUGCUCGGACUUUUAAAAAAAAAAAGCACCUAAAGUCAUGACCAGAGGAAACCAGCGUGAACUUGCCCGACAGAAGAACGCCAAGAAGCAAAAUGAGCAUACCAAGGGCAGGAAGGAUGAUGGUCUCUCCGCUGCUGCUCGCAAGCAGAGGGAUGCAGAGAUAAUGCAGCAGAAACAGAAGAAAGCCAACGAAAAGGGUGACCCUAAAUCGAAAUAACCAGCGUGGCACAUUGGGACUAGCAUGCAUUUUUGCAGAGGUUCCCAUUCAUCAACAGCUUGCGGCUCACAAAAAGAUGUAACCAUACAGACAGCUUUAAAAAACAAAACAAAAAACUAUUACUGAUAUUGGUUAAUCAGUUGAAGAAAAUAGUCUACAAUGUGGUUUCAGAAAGAUUUCACUUAUGCAGGAAAAUCUUUGAGUUAAGUAAUGAUACACCCAUGGUUCCAAUCAGUACACACUAAUUAAAUUGAUAUAUAAGAUUGGUUUCAUUGUAUUUUUAACUGGUUGAAAAUAUUGACGUUCCACCACGUUAAAAGCUGCGUUACUGAUCUUUACUGGUUCAAAUGUCAUGAGAUUGCAUCCUAAUCUUCCAUCCUGUGUCUCCUUUUGAAUUCACAUCACCUUCCAGUGUGUACUAGACAUGGAGCAGAUCAUUUUAAAGAGGGAGACUGCCAGUCAACAUAUGAAUUGACUUUCGAGUUUCUGUAUUUUUGUAUUAAACACCCUUAAUAAAGUGUACAUUUUUAAACUGA